GACGGAACGCUUCUUUCAACAGCAGCAACAGUUCGUCAGCCAGCUCGGUAGCUUGCUAGACAAAAUAGACGAACCAAUGAAGCUCUUUAGACGCUUUAGUGUAUAUUAGCCACUGUGUUUUAAACCCACUUCUGUCGUCUAGUUAGUUAUCCGAUGUAAUUGCACUGUGUUGUUAUUAGUCAGCUAGCGGGCUGGUUAAGUUAGCAUUAGCCUAGCUGGCUAACAUCUCCAACCAUGAGGUUACUAAGCUACCCUCCUUCUAAAGAGGAGGAAGAUAUCACAGUAAAACAAGAAGUAGAGGUUGAGGCUGUUACUGUGAAAGAAGAGGAAGAGGCGUUCAGAGUGAAAGAGGAGGAGGAUGUUACAGUAAAAGGAGAGGAGGAAGAGAAAGAGGGUCUGUGGCUGAACAUUGUCGUGAAAGAGGAGGAGGGAGAGAAGGAUGUUACAAUACAAAAACAAGUAGAGGGUGAGGCUGUUACAGUAAAAGAAGAAGAGAAAGACGUUUCAGUGAAAGAAGAGGGAGACGCGUUCAGAGUGAAAGAGGAGGAUGUUACAGUAAAAGGAGAGGAUGAAGCAGUUUAUGGAGUGAAGGAGGAGGGGGAGAUGACUGUUACAUCGGAAGAGGAGGAGGAAACUGGAUAUCUGGGCCCAGUUUUCCAAACACAUCUUAAGGCAUCCAACAACGAAUUUACCCAUAAGAUGGUUUUGAGAAACCGUUCCCUGAUCAACACUAGAGAGAGACGGGACUAUUGUGGAUCCUCUGGGGAGCCUCAACAACUUAAUGAUGCUGAUGAGGCAGAGAAGAGUCUCUCCAGAUCAGAACACAUCAAGAAACACCUGCAGAGAUCCACAGGGAAGAGAACUCACUGCUGCUCUGACUGUGGGAAGAGAUUCACCUCAUCAGGCAUUAAAAUUCAUCAGAGGAUCCACACUGGAGAGAAACCUUAUAGCUGUGGUCAAUGUGGGAAGAGAUUUACUACAUCUGGUUCUCUGACUCUACACCAGAGAAUACACACAGGAGAGAAACCUUAUAUCUGUGGUCAAUGUGGGAAGAGUUUUACCUCAUCUAGCAGUUUGACUCAACACCAGAGAAUACACACAGGAGAUAAACCUUAUCGAUGUGUACAAUGUGGGAAGAGUUUUACUGAGUCUGGUGGUCUGACUAUACACCAGAGAACACACACAGGAGAGAAACCUUAUAGGUGUGAUCAAUGUGGGAAGAGUUUUGGUCAAUCUGGCCAUCUGACAGUGCACCAGAGAAUACACACAGGAGAUAACUCCUAUAACUGUGAUCAAUGUGGUAAGAGUUUUAUUACAUCUAGCAAUCUGACUCUACACCAGAGAACACACACAGGAGAGAAAUCUCAUAGCUGUGAUCAAUGUGACAAGAGAUACUCUGAUAAAAGACAUCUGAUCAAACAUCAGAAAAUACAUAUGAAACAACUCCUUCAUGUAUCAUUGAACUAUCCCACUUAGCAAAAUGUAAUUGAAAAUAUGUUGUAAAUAAGGCUAAUUGUCUUUAUUCCACUACCGAAGAAGCAUGAUUCAAAUCACCUACUCAUAUUUCAAACAUCCAGCCUGACAAAAUAUACAUGUUUAAUUAUUCCAUGCCUCACCACAAAGUUAAUUAUUGCCAAUAUAUAUUAACAAAGGAGUGUGUUUGGUUUUGAUUAUUCAUAUUUACAAUUCAUGUAACAUUUAUGAAUCAUAAUUAUUUAUGCAAUCAACUGACAUGUUUUGGCUACAAUUAUAUUGACAUUGUUGCUCUGCUUUUAAAAUAUCAGAGUUAUGUACCAGAGCAUGACAUUGGGGACCUGAUCCAACAGCAUGCCUAUUGAGUGAACCCUGAAAAGAGAGAGAAGCUCUGCAGUGAGGUGGAAAGUUACUACGGAUAUUAAGGAGCUAGUUCUAGAAGCUAGUGAGUUUUAGGAAGACGAGAGUUCUAGAAGCUAGUGAGUUUUAGGAAGACGAGAGUUCUAGAAGUUAGUGAGUUUUAGGAAGACGAGAGUUCUAGAAGCUAGUGAGUUUUAGGAUUCUAUAGAAAGAAAAUUUAGAAAAAUAAUAUGAUUGUAUAUUAUUAUUUAGAGAUACGUGUUUUUUCUUGUUUUUAAUUGUUGCCAGCCAGUAGACACCAUGUUUAUAUUGGUGAAGGUGAAGCAUUGUAGUUGAUUAUAAUGUGAAAUUGAAGUUGUUUUCUGUUGGUGGUAAGCAAACCUGUCUAUCAAAAAUAUUGAAUAUAUGUGUUGUCUUAAAGGGGAAGGUUUUACACACUUUGGUUUUUAGGUUGGAUUUUAGCACGUAUAGCUCGUCAGCACGUAUAGCUCCCGUUUACGUUCAGCAUGUAGGACGCACUGAUUGGUGUCACCUCGUUAGUCACUGUGUUACACCUGUGCUGGCUUGUCCAUCUCGUUAUGGUUGAAUAUUGCCUCAUGUUGUUAAUAUUUUAAUCAGAGGAUUUUCCUUAGUCUUUCAGUUGUUAAUCUUCUGUUUUUUAUCAUCUUAUAUGUGUUGUGUAUUAAAUAUGUCUGUUUAUUUUUGUAAAUUCAUGUGAAGCCAUUGUGUUGCAUCCAUGUCUGAAAUGUGCUGUAUAAAUAAAGCUUGAUAUAAUUUGAACGUAUUGCAAA